UUUAUCGAAUAGAUUUGCAACAAUGCAGUCUGAUAAACUGGCUAAAAAUCCUCGCGAGUCUGCAGGUAUUCUGUCCACGCUUAUGUUUUGCUUCGCAUUGCCAAUUCUAUUCAAAGGACGCAAAAAGACAUUGCAGCCUGAGGACUUGUAUAAGCCACUCGAAAGUCACCGAACACAUCAUCUGGGUGAUGAGUUUGAUCACAUUUGGGAAUCAGAGGUGGAGAAAUGUCGAAAGAAAACCAACAACAAACCGAGCCUUAUGAAGGUUAUAUUUCGUAUGUUUGGCUGGAAAUUACUUAGCUCGGGCAUUAUAAUUGGAAUUCUGGAACUAGGCACCAGACUUACUGCCCCUCUGCUGCUGGCAGGUUUGAUAGCUGAAUUCACCAAACAUGGUAAUGGUUAUGGACUGAGUGCCCAGAUCUAUGCCAGCUUACUGAUCUUUACGAUUGCUGCCAGUGUCUUGUUUACCCAUCCAUACAUGAUGGGCAUGAUGCACUUGGCCAUGAAAAUGCGAGUGGCCAUCAGUGGAGCGAUUUACCGCAAAGCCAUUCGCUUAAGUAGAACCGCUUUGGGUGAUACAACCACUGGACAGGUGGUGAACUUGAUAUCUAAUGAUCUUGGACGCUUUGAUCGGGCAUUUAUACAUUUUCACUUCCUUUGGCUGGGACCCUUGGAGUUGCUGCUAUCGUCGUAUUUCCUGUAUCAGCAAAUUGGAUGGUCCUCAUUUUAUGGGACAGCUAUUCUCCUACUCUAUCUACCUUUCCAAGCUUAUAUGAGUAAACUCACUUCCAAAUUGAGACUGAGGACAGCUCUGCAAACGGAUCAGCGUGUCCGCAUGAUGAACGAAAUAAUCUCCGGAAUACAAGUGAUCAAAAUGUAUACUUGGGAGAAGCCAUUCGGGAAACUUAUUGAACAGCUACGACGCAGUGAAAUGAGCUCCAUUCGAAAGGUCAAUUACAUUCGAGGAUUACUACUCUCCUUUGAGAUAACUCUGGGUCGCAUUGCUAUCUUUGUGAGUCUCCUGGGAUUUGUUUUAUCCGGAGGAGAGCUCACGGCGGAGAGAGCCUUUUGUGUGACAGCUUUCUACAAUAUUUUACGGCGUACUGUGAGCAAAUUCUUUCCAAGUGGAAUGUCUCAAUUUGCCGAAUUAGUUGUCUCCGUUAGAAGAAUUGAGAAUUUUUUGAUGCGAAAUGAAUCAGAGAUUCAUAAUGACAGUGAACCAUCACAGGAUCAGCUUAAAAUGGAGAAAGCAAACGGAAGCGGUCAACAUAAUCAUCAAUUUAUGGAUACAGGUAUUGAAAUCAAUCAAUUGACAGCCAAAUGGAGUCCCGAGAAUCAUGACCCUGCUUUGGAUAACAUCAACCUAAGUCUCAAGCCUCAGCAAUUGGUGGCUGUCAUAGGACCUGUGGGAUCUGGUAAAUCUAGUCUCAUUCAAGCCAUUUUGGGAGAACUGUCUCCCGAGUCCGGUUCAGUUAAGGUGAGCGGAAGAUACUCAUAUGCCUCCCAGGAACCAUGGCUCUUCAAUGGAUCGGUCAGAGACAAUAUUCUGUUUGGCCUGCCCAUGGAUAAGCAACGCUAUCGCACAGUGGUAAGGAAAUGCGCCUUGGAACGAGACUUUCAGCUUUUGGGCGGCGACAAGACCAUUGUGGGUGAACGUGGAGCUGGUCUUUCGGGAGGUCAACGGGCUCGCAUAUCCUUGGCUCGGGCAGUUUACCGUCAGGCGGAUAUUUACUUACUGGAUGAUCCUCUUAGCGCUGUGGACACUCAUGUAGGUCGUCACCUAUUCGAUGAGUGUAUGCGUGGAUACUUGCGUCAUCAAUUGGUUGUCCUAGUGACACAUCAACUACAAUUUCUGGAGCACGCUGACCUCAUUGUAAUCAUGGAUAAGGGAAAGAUUAUGGCCAUGGGCACCUAUGAUGAUAUGCUCAAGAGUGGCCAAGAUUUUGCCCAGCUACUAAAGGAAAAUACUGAACAUGAAGAUGGAGGGGAUGCUUAUGUGGAAAAGGAGGUGGAGAAAACCACAUACUCUCGUCAGGGAAGCAUUCAAAGCACAGCUUCGUUGGAUUCCACAGCCGAUUCCCUAGUAGCCGAUGAUGAUGAAAAGCCAACAACCACAAAUUCCACGGUCCAAGAGUCGCAUUCCGGUAAAGAUAUUGGCCUAAGCUUAUAUCAAAAAUAUUUCUCAGCUGGUUCUAGCUGGUUCAUGUUCAGUCUGGUCAUACUUCUUUGCCUCGGAACCCAGUUGUUGGCCUCAGGUGGUGAUUAUUUCCUAUCCUAUUGGGUGAAAAACUCGUCUUCGACUACUUCGUGGGAUAUCUAUUAUUUCUCCGCCAUUAAUGUAUCCCUGGUGAUCUGCGCCUUAGUCCGUUUUCUGCUAUUCUUCAGCAUGACCAUGCAUUCAUCCACCAAUUUGCAUAAUUCGAUGUUCCAUAGUGUGUCCAGGGCAGCGCUUUACUUCUUCCACACAAAUCCCUCUGGUCGCAUAUUGAAUCGCUUUGCCAUGGACCUAGGGCAGGUGGAUGAGGUACUGCCCGUCGUAAUGCUGGAUUGCAUCAACAUCUUCCUAACGCUAACAGGCGUCAUUACCAUUUUGUGCAUCACGAAUCCCUGGUACUCGUUUAAUACAAUUGCCAUGUUUGUGGCCUUCUAUUUCCUUCGAGAAUUCUAUCUAAAGACAUCGCGAAAUGUGAAACGUCUGGAGGCAGUGGCCAGAUCUCCCAUGUAUUCCCAUUUCAGUGCCACUCUGAAUGGCCUGCCCACGAUCAGGGCGUUGGGAGCCCAGCGGAUGUUGAUUGGAGAAUAUGAUAACUAUCAGGAUAUGCAUAGCUCAGGCUACUAUGCAUUCUUGUCGACGAGUCGCGCCUUUGGUUACUAUUUGGAUCUGAUGUGUAUGGCCUAUGUCAUAACGGUUACAUUAAGUAGUUUCUUCUACCCACCACUCGAUAAUCCAGGACAAAUUGGUUUGGCCAUUACACAAGCCAUGUCCAUGACUGGUACCGUCCAGUGGGGCAUGCGUCAAUCUGCGGAAUUGGAGAACUCAAUGACAUCAGUAGAACGUGUCUUGGAGUAUACGGAUUUGAAUGCAGAGGGCAAAUUUGUUUCAAAGGAUAACCAGAAACCACCAAAGGAUUGGCCCGAGCAAGGCAAAAUUGUGGCUGAAGAUUUGAGCUUACGUUAUAUACCCGAUCCUCAAGCUGAUUGCGUUCUGAAGUCAUUGAAUUUUGUCAUUAAACCACGUGAAAAAGUGGGCAUUGUAGGACGCACUGGAGCGGGUAAAUCUUCUCUCAUAAACGCCCUGUUUCGCCUAUCCCACAAUGAGGGUGCAAUAAGGAUUGAUAAAAGAAAUACCGAAGAAAUGGGUCUUCAUGAUCUGCGCAGCAAAAUCUCCAUUAUACCCCAAGAACCGGUUCUCUUCUCCGGCACUAUGCGCUACAAUCUGGAUCCUUUUGAGCAGUAUGAUGAUGCUAAAUUAUGGCAAGCUUUGGAAGAGGUUCAUCUUAAAGAGGACAUAUCCGAGAUGCCUACAGGACUACAAAGCAUGAUAUCCGAAGGUGGCUCCAAUUUCAGUGUGGGUCAACGGCAACUUGUUUGCCUGGCCCGAGCAAUUCUGCGUGAGAACCGCAUUCUACUCAUGGACGAGGCCACCGCCAAUGUCGAUCCUCAAACUGAUGCCCUCAUCCAGUCGACUAUACGCAGAAAGUUCAAGGAUUGCACUGUUCUGACCAUUGCUCAUCGAUUGAAUACAAUUAUCGAUUCAGACAAGGUUUUGGUCCUUGAUGCCGGUCAAGUUGUUGAAUUCGAUUCGCCAUAUAAUUUGUUAACAUCAAGCAAGGAAAAGGUUUUCUAUGGCAUGGUCAUGGAAACGGGAAAAUCUAGUUUCGAGCAUCUGCUUAAGAUAGCUCAAGAUGUUCAUGAGAAGCAAGGUCGUGAGGCAUUAUUAUAGAAAUAUUUGUCAAAUAACUAACACUUGAGGAUAACGCAAAAUAGGUAGGUACUUAAGAUGGCUUUUGCACUGCGGUUUCUCUAUAGAAAUUUUCGUCCAAGACUGGAUGGAAUUAUUCCUUUUAUAAAUGGGUAAGUUUUUAUAACCAAUUUGUAUUAAAAACAUUUCUGAGAUAAUGCUAGUGCAUACCGCAGUGUGAAAA